CGUCGACAAAAGACCCGCCAUAGAGUUAUAGUGUACGCUGUCGAGCUGUCGGCGUUCACAGAAACCAGCUGUUGCUGUUCGAAGUUCAGUUGUGUUUCUUAACUUUGUUGCAUCUUUUGCGUCUCAUCUGCCCCACAUCCGUUAAUCCCUGAGGAACCAGAACCAGGUCUCAGCCUAAAACCAGAACAAAUGCCGGGCCCUACAGGAUGAAGAGGUUCCUGCCGUUGCUUUUAUUCUUUCACGUUUCACUUUCGGUGAAACACACCCUGACUUAUUUCCUCACCACCUCCACUGGACAAAAAACCCUCCCAGAGUUUGUGGGUGUUGCGACGCUUGAUGGAGUGAAUGUCGGUUUCUGCGACGGCAUCAACAGAACAGAAAUCAGAUCAGACUGGAUGGAAGAAGUAAAAGAAAAACACCCUGAGCUCAUAACGUGGCACAUCCAGACCUGCGUUGAAACUCAUAAUUUUAAUGAAAAACAUCUAAAAAAUAUUCAUCAGUUCUUUGACCAAACUGAAGGUGUUCACACUUUGCAGGAGUUGGUCGGUUGUGAGUUUGAUGAUCAGACUGAUCUCUACACUGGCUUUGACUUCUAUGGUUAUGAUGGAGCAGGUUUCGUAUCAUUGGACCCAAAGAGGAUGACGUGGACGUACACGGAGCGAGCUGAACCCUACAAACACCAGUGGGAUCCAGACGAAGCACAGUUGCGGUCCAGUAGGGACAUAAUAAGAACCAUUUGCCCUAAAUGGUUGAAGGUGUAUUUGCUCUAUGGGAAGAAGUCGUUGCAGAGAAAAGUUCCUCCCUCAGUGUCUGUGCUCCAGAAGUCCCCCUCGUCUCCAAUCAGCUGCUUCGCUACAGGUUUCUACCCAAACAGAGCCGACAUGUUCUGGAGGAGAGAUGGAGAACAGACCCAUGAGGACGUGGACCAUGGAGAGAUCCUCCCCAACCCUGAUGGAACCUUCCAGAUGAGGGUCCACCUGGACCUUUCAUCAGUCACAGCUCAGGACUGGAGCAGAUAUGAAUGCGUGUUUCGAGGUUCUGGUGCUGAGAGCGACAUUGUGACCAGACUGGACCAAGCUGUGAUCAGAAGCAAUGAAGUUCCUCCCUCCAGCCUUGUACUUGCUGUUGUCAUUGGAGCCGUGGUUCUGCUGCUGACAGUCGGCAUCGCUGGAAUCUUCAUGUGGAGGAGGAGGAGACAGGCUGCUGCUUAUUAGAAGAGGACGCCAGCAAAGGUGCUUCCAAUGAUCUGACCUCCACUUGGAGGAAAGUUUGUUAGCUGUGUGCUCAUUAUUGUCAUGUGUCAUUCCUCUAUUUCAUGUUCAUUUUUAUCCAGACCUGUGUGUUGUCCUUUAGUCCAAUGGCUCCACAAACAACCGUCCUCUGGUGGAGGGAACGGAGCAGACGAGGCUCAGAUUCUGUCUGUUCAGCUCUGUGUGGAGCAGCUGUGCUCUGAUACUGGGCAGCAGCAAACUUAAUAACCCUGGUCCAGUUUGACCAGUAAACUGUGUUAACAUUAAACUCUGUUAAAAACAAACUGUCUGUUAUUGAAUAAACUGUUUGUUAAUAAUAAACUAUUUGAAUCAUA